CACGUGGGGCAGAAUGGAGGUUUAACGAGCGAACGUCUCGUAUAAAAGGUCUGCGAGCGAGCUACCCCCACACAGCUCCACAGGCAGCGGUCCCCUGCUACAUACUUCAAGCAUAUCUGCAAGCAAUGAAAACAUGGCUGCUAUUAGCGACUCUGGCGGUGGGAGCGAGCUUAGCUAACAUCCUGGACAGCAAAUGCAGGGGUGCAAUGGGUAAUCGGGAUAUGUACAACAAGGUGGAGCGUGUUUGCGAGGACUGCACCAAUAUCUACCGGUUACCACAGCUGGAUGGCUUGUGCAG